AUGUUGGACGAGAACAGGGCGUUUCUGGAUGAGCCUGUCGAUUUCGGCGACCACAACAGACACGAUGGCGACCACUACUUAUCACCGGAAUAUGGCCUUGCUUCUGUAAUUUCUCGGAACAAGAACAGCCCUCACGUGUCCGAAUAUGGCUAUAGCAAGAGCCCAACGCCUUCGCAGUGGUCCGAGGAGUCCCGGCCUCGCAUGUGGAAUCCCGUGUGGCUGAAGAAGACGGUGCUCGUCACUUUUGCGUUGUGUUUUCUUGCUAUGCUUCUUACGACGGCUUUGCUCUACCACUUCUCCGUCCAGAAUCGAGGAAUUAGCACCCAACAAGAAGUCAACCAUUAUGGUUGGAAGUACGGUCCCACAGCUGUUCUCGUCAUCGUAGCUGCCUUGUGGCGACAGGUAGACUACGCCAAUAAGAUCUUGAUGCCUUGGAAAGAAUUACGUAGUGGCCCGUCCGAUGUGCACAAGACUCUUCUCCUAGACUACGUUUCACCACUGGUGACGACCAGCUUCUGGAAAGCAAUCAAAAACCGCCACUGGGCUGUCGUUGGUAGCAUCGUUGGCUGGGCCCUGAUCCUCCUUACAACCGUCUUCUCCACGGGUCUACUCAUUCUCGAGCCGACAGAAGUCACAAGCGAUAAUGUCGACAUUGUGAUGACGACAAGCUUCGGCGCCGAUGGAUUUGAUAUUCGCAAUGUGGGACCAGGUGCUGCACAGGUGUACUACGCUAUCAACUUCCAAAAUCUGCCUUACCCGUCCGGCACAUCAGAAGACAUGGUUAUACCCCAGCUCGACGCGAUGGGAAACGGUCGUCCAGAUGCCAACUUCACCGCCACAACGCCAGGUGCCAAGAUUGGAUUCAGCUGCGAGACUCUUCCCAUACAGAAUGCGACGAAAACCUCGCUACCAUGGUACAGCAUCAACGGAGGAUUCUGGGUCGCCAAUAUCACUACGCCAGAGUGCAACAUCACCCGCGCCAUCGUUGCCGCCGGCCCGGACCAUAACAUCUACGCGCAGCGAAACGCCACCCAGAACUACCAAGCAUGGUACCAGGACUACACUUGUAAUAACAAUGUGGACUGGAGCGCACCGCUGAACCCUCCAAUGACCAAGUACACCCUCGAUCAGCUGACCAAUACUAGCCUUCCGCAUCGAAUGCUUUUUACAGUAGCGGACAUGCGCUUUUCUCCCAUGGACACAAGGCGAAACGGACCCGCAUUCAUCUACAUGGAGAAGAUCGUGGCGGUCAUGUGCAAGUAUAACUACACCAUGAGCAAUUACGAAGUCAAAUCGACUACCCUCGCCGGUGCCAAGUCGGAGGCUGUUUUGCAGAGUGCAAUCCAAGACACGAAUGCGACUGGCAGUAUUGAUGGCUUCCCAAACGGUUAUCUGGGACUCGCUGUUAGUAAUUCUGCAGAAAAGACCAAGAUUGGCGAAGGAGGUGUGGACUUUGUCUUAUCGACAUCCGUUCCGACCUUCUUCCUCAUGAUGAAAAUGAAGCGGGGUUUGACCACCAUAGGAUCUUUCAUGGACACCGACCUUCUUAUUUCCACGGCAUCGGAGGUUUUCAAGGGAAUAGGCGCUCAGGUGCUGUCCCAGACGUCUCUGAAGCCUGCCAAUACGACGACGCAGGGUUCCAUAACGUACUUGGAGAACCGCCUGCAUGUCAAGGGCCUUUCGACAGCCUUGAUGUGUUCCUUCUUGGGAAUUCUGACCAUUAUCAGUAUUGCUAUGAUCUUCCUUCGACCUCAAAACGUCGCACCCCGAGAGCCGGGAUCAAUUGCGUCAAGCGUCACAAUACUGGCGGCGAGUCCAGAUUUGAACAAACUAUUCACCGGCCUGGGAUCGGUACGCAGAAGUGCCAUUCGGGAAACGUUAUCCGGGUUCUUGUUCAAAGGGUCUCUGCGACCUGGGCCAGAGACCACCUACAUUGUUGAACCUAGCCAUGGUCAGAUGGAACCAUCACGUAGUGCAGUGCCGAGAGAAUACCAGUCAAUCUCUUGGUGGCGCCCGCUAGCCGGGGCUCCAUGGUUCUUAGCACUCAGUGUACUUUUACCUCUGAUGGCUGUGGCGUCCCUGGAAAUCAUCCAGCGCAUUUCAGACAACCGAGAUGGGUUCUUGGAGGUGGGCACAAAGACCUCCACUGUCUUGGCGACAUACAUACCUGCUGCUGUGGCCAUCUCCUUGGCUGGUAUGUACUCAAGCUUCGAGUCGAUGGCUGCCAUAUUUGCGCCAUUCGCUGCGCUCAAGAAGCGGAACGCCACUGCAGGCCGCUCCGUAUUCCUAAACCUCAUCGGCAAGAUGGCUCCCCACGCCAUAUGGGAGUCUAUCCGCUCACGGCAUUUCGGCGUCACAGUCAUUCUUAUGGCCAACAUCAUGGCCGGGUUCCUGACCAUCGUAGUAUCGGGUCUCUAUAGCGUCUUGGCCGUGCAGCAGGUUGAAGGCGUUGCUCUGCAGCAGAUGGACGCGUUUCGACUCGACCAGACAAAUCUCUGGGCCGAAGAUAACCAAGCGACUGCAAUCACGUCGCUGAUUGAGUAUGUCAACCUGCCUGAUCCAAAAUGGACGUCGGGUGACCUGGUUUUCAACGAGAUUAAGCCCAUGGGCCUUAGCAAUGAGGCUAUCGCCAAUGGUCAAGUUCCGCUGUCGGCAAAGAUGACAGGAAUCCGUGGCAACUUGAACUGCACCGUCAUACCUGCCAAGCAGCGCGAAGUUAGGCCAAUACUGUUCGAUAGAAGUACCAUGGAGGUUCGUCUGAGCGGCAUGGCUGGUUCGAUGAGCGUCGACAACUCGACUGCUUUGCUUGCCAUUAACACCACCCUUCCAUGGAUGUGCGGACGUAGGCCGACAAACGAGACUUCCAAGACGUGGAUGCAAUACUUCCAAAUCCCAAGCUCAGGGGAUCCAGUAUACUUAGGAAAGACCUCAAUCAUGCUUUGGAGUUUUGGAAACUCAAGCACCGUCUAUGGCGACGGUGCAAUCGACAUAAGCCCAUCCGCCGGGAACGGCUGGCCGACGACGAACUUUGAUCUCGGGGGUAUGGGGUGUCCCACGGUAGCGGUAACAUUUGGGACCGCGAGGGCCAUACCCCGGAAGGAAAAGUACAGGAACGCGACGAGGACCAACUUUGAUGUUGAAAGCGAUCUGGCGACGAUCGUGUGCCAUCAGAAUAUCCAGGAGGUUGAAGCCAACGUCACAUUCAACGCACCGGACAUGACACUCAGCAAGACAUCGCCGCCGUUGGUGGACGAGUCAACGAAGCAGCUCCUGCGGGCCCCAGAGUCAGACACGACAUCCUUUGAGUUCUCUCUAAACGGAUUUUUCUUUGAUCUUUCGACCGCAGCCCGGAACAUAACGAUUCAAGGACCGAACGGGACGAACAUGGAAAACUAUACCAAUCUCAUCGACCCCUUUACACGGGCGCUCGUCACGGGUAGAAACGGGCGGCCGAUCGAGGAGCUGGCGGGCGAGAAGAACUCCCAAAAUUUGAUGGAGGCCUCGAACGGUCUUUAUAAGACGUACAUUGCGCAAGCCAUCGCUGCCAACAUGCGUAACACGACGAGCAGCUCGGGAUCGAAUCGGCUGCCGACAUACCAAGGGCUAUUGGUAUCGGAGAGUGCGAGAAGACUGCACCAGAACACCGGGCCCAAGAUUGCUCUGCAGGCGAUGCUGGGCGUCAUGGCGCUGUGCAUCGUAGUCUCGAGGUUGCUUAUCGACAUCAACGGAGUGCUGCCGCACGAUCCGUGCUCGAUUGCUGGGACGGGAACGAUGCUAGCUGGGAGCGAGAUGGCGACGAGGAGGGUCGUUCCGGAGGGAGCGGAGUGGAGGGGUGAUGGGGAGCUUGGUCGGGCUGGGGUAUUUGGUGGUGCAAUGAGGUUUGGGACUGGAUGGUGGCAGGAUGGGGGCGGCUCCAGGUUUGGGAUUGACGUUGAAGAAGAGAAGGCGUGA